AUGCGUCACUCGUUCAUAAUUCCUAGCCUUCUCGGCUCAGCGCUUGCUUUGACGGCACCGCCGGAAGGAGCCAUCACUGUAGGCGGCUCUGAUGGCCAAUUCCAGACCAUCCAGGAGGCUGUCGACUCCCUGGCCAACUCGACCUCCCCGCAAGACAUCUUCGUCUGGUCCGGCGUCUACGAGGAACAGGUCUUCGUGUCCAAGCACGCUGGGCCGAUCAAUAUCUAUGGCUACUCGGAGAACGACAGCUCCUACGAGGCCAACACCGUGACCAUCACCUCGGGCCUCAGCCAAGCCUUCAACCUGAGCAACGACCUGACGGCAACGCUGCGUGCGCACUCGCCUAACUUCAACGUCUACAACCUCAACAUUGCCAACACGUACGGCGAGGGCAGCCAGGCCGUGGCAGUCUCCGCACAGGCCACAAACCAGGGCUACUACGGCUGCAAGCUCACCGGCUACCAAGACACACUGCUGGCGCACGUCGGCAAACACUAUUUCGCCAACACUUACAUCGAGGGCGCCACCGACUUCAUCUUCGGCAUGCGCUCCGGCGCCUGGUUCGAGAACUGCGCGCUGCGCGUCCCCGAACCCAUCGGCGGCACGGGCUGGGUUACGGCAAGCGGGCGGCAGCUGGCCGACGACGGGUGGUACGUGAUCAACGGGGGCAGCGUGGCGGGCGUUGAGGGUGCCAACGUGACCGCCGGCGUGUACUAUCUGGGGCGGCCGUGGCGCAGCUUCGCGCGCGUCGUCUUCCAGGGCGUCUACCUCAGUGAGGUCAUCAACCCGGCCGGCUGGGCCAUCUGGUCGAAGAGCCAGAACAACACCGAGAACGUCACGUUUGCCGAGUAUGGGAAUACGGGACCUGGCGCGUGGAAUGAUGCAACCAGGGCGGAGUUUUCGGAGCAGCUGAGUGCGCCGGUGAAGAUUGAGGAGGUUUUGGGGGCAAACUACACGCUUUGGGUGGAUCCGAAGUUCUUGUAA